AUCCUCCUCCCCCUCUCCACUCAUACUCCUCCUCCUCCGUAACAUCAUCAGUACCAGGAACAGCAGCAGCAGCCUGGGCAGAAGCCAGUGCCUGGUAGCACACUGACUGCAAUUUAACCAGCUGGCUUGGGAGACCUGCUCAGCCACCAGGAUCGGUGAUGAGCUGCAGCAACCGCUACUCUGUCAUUUUCUGGAAGAUGGACAGAUAGAAAAGAAGGGAGGGAAAGAGAGUUGAGGACAGUGCACUGCAGAGGAGCCAGAGAAGACCUAGGUGAUGACCUGAAAACAUCAUGUCGGAGGUCCAGGGAACUGUCGACUUUUCUGUGGAGCUGCACAAAUUCCAUAACGUGGAUCUCUUCCAGAGAGGGUAUUACUUGGUGCACGCAAGUCUGAAAGUCCCACCCAGGAUCCCACAUCGAUUGCUGGCGACCAUCGUUGAACAAACAGGCGAUUCAAUUCUUUGUGCAGCCUGUGUCCAUGAGAACACCGUCUACAGCAGAGUGUUUCAGAUUUUGUACAGGAAUGAGGAGAUUGUCAUCAAUGAAUCCAUGAACUUCAGGGCCCACCUUCUUGUGGAUGGUGAAAAGGUGGAAGAGGCACUAAGAGAAGCAGACUUUCAACUCAAGCUGGACUUGCAUUUUACGGACAGUGAGCAACAGUUGAGAGAUGUCACGUCAAUCCCCAUGAUCAGCAGCCGCACUUUGGGGCUCCACUUCCACCCGGGGCGAGGGCUGCAUCAUCAUGUGCCCGUCAUGUUUGACUACUUCCACCUUUCGGCCAUCUCUGUUACACUGCACGCCUCUCUGGUGGCUCUGCACCAGCCCCUGAUCAGCUUUGCCCGUCCAGGGAAGGGCUCGUGGCUUGGUAAAAACAGCUUGGAAACAGGACCAGAACUGACGGGGAUGUCGCUGGAAAACCUGGUGUUUGGAGCCGGCUACUGCAAACCUGUUGCUUCUGAGGGUAGCUUUUAUGUGCCCUCCGAAAACUGCAUGCAGCAUGCGCACAAGUGGCACAAAGAUCUUUGCCUCCUGCUCCUCAAGGCAUAUCGAGGACUCCACAUGUACUAUGCCUUCAUCACGAAGGAGAUUCCCAAUUUGCCGCAGCUGAAGUUAGAGGAUCUUUCUGUAGAAGACACCCUGUUGCAGCUGUCUGCAGAGCUACAGAUGCUGAACAAUCCAGAAAAGAUAGCAGAGCAGAUCAGCAAAGACCUCACUUGGCUCUGCUCCCACCUUUUGGCUCUCUGGACCCAGUUUCUGGAGUUUGUAACCCUGCACCCAGAUGUCACAGCCUAUCUUGUCCAGGAACACCACACUCUGAGGGUAAGAAGAUUCUCUGAGGCUUUCUUUCAUGCCGAGCAUCAAAAGCCUGCUGUUGUGACUUUCCAGGAAAGCCUCAUCCAGCAUCACAACCAAAUCUCAUCAGAAGUUCGGAACUCUGAGUACCUCACCAGCAUGCCCCCCCUGCCAGUAGAGUGCCUCGACAUUGAUGGAGACUGGGGCACGCUGCCGAUCAUUUUUGAAGACAGAUAUGUUGAUUUCCCCUACAAAGUUCAGAGCUUGGACAGCUUGCCAGACUAUGUUGUUUCUGCUGCUGGCAAAUCACAAGUGGACUUAAUAGGAAAAAACGAGGAUCCUUCUUCAAAUGAGGACACUGCUUUAGCAAAGGGAGAUUUCAGGAACAAUGCCCCUUUCAUCAUCCAUACAGAUAGGAUAAAUGGAAAAUCGGUGUAUGGUCGCAGCUAUCCAAAAGGAGAUUCAUGUAUGGUUGAGAGUUUCAAGGCUCACUCGACAACUCAGGUACACACAAUGAACGGAGAUGCCAAAUCCCAUGGGGAUGAGUCAGAUCUGGCUAGCAAUAUGAUUUCUGGUUUGCAAUCAGAACUCCUGAAAGAUAAUACAGAAAGCCUUAAGACACCAAUGGAGCGUCCAGAAAAUAAUAGUGAUAGACUUUCACCGGAGGCUGCCUAUUUGGACAUAAGCCCAGUGUGUAAUAAUGACCACCAAGGAGAACCAAUGCUAGUCAUGACUGCCCAGUAUGAUGUUGGCACAUGUGAACAACACAAACUUUUGAAUGAGAUUGAAUUGAGCCAAGCAGCUUCAGGGGAUGGUUGUGAGUCUACUCUCACUUCAGACAAACUCCUAUUUGAUAAAGGAAAUGCCCAAGAGAAACCAGCUGAUCAGAGUUGUGGGUCAACACUGCCAUCCUUGAGGACAUUUGAUGUAAGUGAUGAUUUGGGUUCACUGAACCAGAUAAAAGACGCUGAGGAGAUUAAGGAGCAAAGAGCGCAGGAGUGUGAGGAGUUCAGCUUGACAUCAGGGGUCAUUAAGAGGUCUUCGUCACUAAUCUCAGACUCAGGGAUCGAAAGCGAGCCCAGUUCAGUAGCUUGGUCUGAUGCACGGAGUAAGGCUUUGGAGUUACCCAGCGACCGGGAGAUUCUUCACCAGCUCGUCAGAAGGCACGCGAUUCACCGUAACUCUCUGGAGGGUGGGCACACAGAAAGCAAUACCAGCUUGCCCAGUGGCAUCCAAGCCUCCCUCACCUCAAUCAGCUCCUUGCCCUAUGAGGAGGAAGAGCGGGAAGUGGAGCCCAAUAAGCUGACAAAAUCUAUCUCAGCUCCUCAGAUCAGUAGCCCCGAGGAGCCUGUUGAUGACAUGGAUAUAUCAAAACAUGCAAAAACCAUAUUGGACAUUGCAGAGGGACAAUACGUGGAAAUAGGGCACACCAGCCUGGCCCUAGCUGAAAACGUUUCCAUGUGCCGGAAAGCCAGAGAAAAUUGUGGGUUGCCGCUUCCAUUUGCUACCAUGGAACACCCCAAAUCUGCCUUUGAAGAAAAUGUUGACCGUCCUCACUUACCAGAAGCUACUGAGGGCUUUUCAGAGGUGGACUGUGGCUUGGAAGCCACAGGAGAAGCUGUGUUUCUAAUGCAAAAUGAAAAUCUAGAUGACACAGUUGAAAGCCAGCUGCCAAAGAGAACAGGGGAGAUCUGCUUGGGAAGGGUUGGUGACUAUUUGGACACCAACACCACUCCUCUUGAUGUGUAUGAGGAGGAGGUAAAUUUGCACACAGUCCACGGUUCGUAUUCCACAAACGUUGAGGUUUUUUCACACCAGGAGGGCCACACGCCAGACUUUAGCUAUACUAGCACAGCCUCGUCAGAGGUGGCACCUGAACCUGCCUCUGCAAAGGGUUCCCAUGGCAGUUCUCUUGCCAAUGGCAAAGUAGUGAUAUGUGGUGGAGAAAUACCCAACUUACAAGAAAUCGAUCUGGAUAACAGACCCGGCUGUGGAUCCUACUGUGCAGAACCAGAAAACCGAGAGUUCAAAAUGGUGGCAAACAGCACAAGCUUCCAUUCAGUGGCUCCAGGGGCACUGGCGCUCGAGAGCAAAAAGGCUAUUGAGGUGGUCAACUUAUCUGUUUCUUGCACAGCCACCUGCCUUCCUUUUUCUUCGGUCCUUAAAGAGAACCCACCAGUGGCUGGCUUCUCCUCCAAGCAGGUCACUUCUCCAAUUACUCACCAACCAGUGGGCUCCUUUGGGGUCAUCUCCUGUGUUUCCAGUGAUGUGGAUGUGGAGGCCAAUGAAAGGAUGCUUAGUUUCCAUCAGGCCAAAGAAAAGUUUAAAAAAGAGCUGAAGAUUGAAGGAUUUCUGUACAGUGACUUAACUGCACUCGCUUCUGAUAUCCCAUAUUUCCCACCAGAGGAAGAGGAAGAAAAUUUUGAAGAUGGGAUUCACCUAGUGGUCUGUGUCCAUGGACUGGAUGGUAACAGUGCAGAUCUGCGGCUGGUAAAAACUUUCAUCGAACUGGGUCUCCCUGGUGGAAAGCUUGACUUCUUGAUGUCAGAAAGGAACCAGACCGACACAUUUGCAGAUUUCGAUACAAUGACCGACCGUUUGCUGGAUGAAAUAAUUCAGCACAUUCAGCUGUACAACUUGUCGAUAUCGCGAAUAAGUUUCAUCGGCCAUUCCCUUGGCAAUGUCAUCAUCCGAUCCGUAUUAACCCGGCCCAGAUUUCGCUAUUACCUCAAUAAGCUGCAUACUUUCCUGUCCCUCUCUGGGCCUCACCUGGGAACACUCUACAACAACAGUACUUUGGUUAGUACAGGCUUGUGGCUCAUGCAGAAGCUGAAAAAAUCCGGGUCACUUUUGCAGCUGACCUUCAGGGACAAUGCAGAUCUGCGGAAAUGUUUCCUCUACCAGCUCAGCCAAAAAACAGGCCUCCAGUAUUUCAAAAAUGUUGUCCUGGUGGCCUCUCCCCAAGACCGCUACGUACCAUUUCAUUCUGCAAGAAUAGAAAUGUGCAAAUCUGCCCUGAAAGACAGACAGACAGGUCCCGUUUAUGCCGAGAUGAUCAACAACCUCCUCCGGCCGGUCGUGGGGACAAAGGAUUGCACGUUAAUCCGCCAUGAUGUGUUCCACGCCUUGCCAAACACAGCCAACACCCUGAUUGGGCGGGCAGCUCACAUCGCGGUGCUGGAUUCUGAACUGUUCCUGGAGAAAUUUUUCCUGGUUGCAGGACUCAACUACUUCAAAUAAGACUUUGAGCCUCAGGGCAGCAAAGGGAGCCUUGCAUAUUGAAUUGAAAGACUUUCAGGGCCAAGAGAGUGCUUCAUUUCUGGGAACAAACAGAAUAUGCUUACUGCACACCCUAGUGGCUUGGAGAGAGGAAUCAAAGUGCUUUGGUUAUAAGGUAUUCAAAGGGCCAACAAUUGGUGCUUUUUGGAAGAUGUAAACAUAUACAUGUUAUUUCGUCUUUUUUUUCUUUUUGUUCAUCUCACCACCAACCUCCUAAAAAAAAGCUUUUAAAAUCCCGAGGAUGUGAUUAUAGAUCUGCCCCCUUUAUAAUGGUCACUGGACUGACAUCUUUCUCCCCCUUCCGCCAUUAAGAAAUCCACCUAGGCAUAAACUGCCUUAGCUGAGUCAAUAAUUAUUAUUUAAGAAGAAACUUGUCUGGUUUUGUAGAUUUUCCGUGUUUCGUGUGG